AUGUUGAGGAACUUGAUCCUGGCCAGCCUGUCUGUGGUUCUCUUGCUGCCUCUCAGAAGUUUGGCAGUCAAGGAGACGAAACUUUAUGAUGCUCUCGGGGUUCCACCUGAUGCAGAUGAUAACGUCAUAAAGAAAGCCUAUCGGAAAGCAGCUCUGCGGUGGCACCCUGACAGGAACCCAGGUGACAAGAAGGAGAAAGCUGAGAAGAAGUUUAAAGAGAUAGCAUCGGCUUAUGAGGUCUUAUCAGACCCGGAGAAGCGAGCUAUAUACGACCAGGGUGGCGAGGCUGGCCUGUCAGGAGAAGGGGGCCCAGGGGGGCCUGGUGGUCCGGGCAUGCAUUUCCAAUUCCAGGGUGAUCCAAUGGACAUAUUCAAGCAAUUCUUUGGGGGGGGAGAUCCCUUUGGCGGUGGCGGCGGUGGCGGCCCCUUCGGCGGCGGAGGCGGCCAGCGGCGCAGAGGCGGAGGUGGAGGAUUUCCUGGCGGCAUGGGAGGCGGUUUCCCAGGGGGCGGCAUGGGCGGCGGCUUUCCUGGCGGGGGAAUGGGGGGUCAGCGCGGCGGUGGCGGCCGGGGGGCCGGCGGUGGCGCCGGCGGGGGGCCGGGCCUGUACGACGGCGACACCUCCGUCCUUGCGCUCACCCCGGGAAGCUUCCCCAGCAGCGCCGGCGAGGGAUUCGUGUGGCUGAUUGAGUUUUAUGCGCCCUGGUGCGGCCACUGCCGCCAGCUGGCGCCAAAAUGGUCCAAGCUGGCGGCCUCGCUGAAAAACAUCGCGAAGGUCGGCGCCGUCAACUGCGACGAGGAGCAGUCGCUCUGCGCUGAGCACAAGAUCCAGGGCUUCCCCACUAUCAAGGCGUUUGUGAACGGGCGCAUGGUCGACUACAAUGGCGACCGCUCUGCGCAGCACCUCAAGGACUGGGCUAUUUCGCUCAUCCCCAACAAGGUGACUGUGCUGAGUAGCGCUGACAAGUUGGAGGCGUUUCUCGGGCGCUGCGGCGGCGGCGGCAAGGGGAAAAAAGCAGGGAAGGAUGGGGUUUCGUGGGGCGGAUGCGUGCUGCUGUUCUCGGACAAGAAACAGACCUCGCCGCUGUACAAAAGCCUCAGCUCGCAGUACGCCGGCAAGCUGGCCUUUGGAGAGAUGGCGGCCAAGUUUGGCGUGGAAGCUGCCCCGACGCUGCUGGUGGCAUGCAACGGCGAUCCCGCCACGGCGGAAAGAUUCGAAGGCGAAUUCAAGUCGGGGCCCAUCACUGACUUCCUCAGCAAGUUCGCUGGUGGGCGGAAAUGCGCGACGGCCGUCAAGGUGGAUGCCAACACGGACUUCAGCAGCCUCAGAGUGACACAGCUGAAGCAGCUGCUGAAGGACAGGGGGAUGAUCUGCCUGGAGUGCGUUGAGAAGGGGGACUAUGUCAUGAGGGUGAGAGACCUGUACGUGCAGUAG